CCUUUGAGUGCGCAGGAGUGUAUAGGUACCAUAGACAGCACCAGCCAUCACACGUUGCUCUCUCUCAACACGGAUCAAGUUUCAACAAACCUCACAACGAGCGCUUUACCUUUAAAAAGAUUCCCAAGUUCCGUCUCUGGGCGCCGGUUUUCACUUACGGUAUUUAUUUAAUGUUGUAGUGGAAACUCUCCACGGUAAACCGAAGGAGUUAUGGAUUAGAUAGACGCUGUGUUUGCACGAAAAGAGGAAGCGGAUCCCCGCUCUAAACAUAGUCUCACUGGUCUCCUCGUGUGGAGAAAUGCCCGGGCAAGAUGUGCUCCAGCCGCAAGAUCCUGUGGAGCCUGCUGCUGCUGUCGGUUGUGGAGGUGGGCCUGGGCGUGGCCAGCAUCGUCCUGGGGGCCGUGGGUAUCAGCUGGAUACGAGACGAGCACAAGCCGCAGCAGGGCGACGCGUCGCCGGUUUGGAGCGGACUCUGUUUCCUGGUGUGUGGGGUAUGUGGGAUGCUGUGUGCCCGAAAGAGAACUGGUCUUAUCAUGAUUGUGUUUUCCGCCUGCUGUAUCUGCGGUCUGAUCGGGGGGAUCCUCAACUUCCAGUUUGUGCGUGCGCUGAGCAAGAGGCCGGACACCGCCAUGCACUCGGUCCAUCUGGCGGCCAUGACGCUGGCCUGUCUAGGCAUCUCCUCCUGCACGCUGUCCGCCUGGCUGACCUGCCGGCUCGCCAGCUCGGAGCAGCAGAGGAUGUUCCUGGAGAGAGAGCACUCUUUGCACCACUCCCACGAGAUGGCCGAGAAGGAGAUCCUAGAGAACUCCAGUAACGGCAUUCCCCAGAUUUCUUACAACGGAAACAGCAGUACAUCACUAUAACGACCAGGCGCUCCGGACAGCAUCUCUUGGAAGGGGUUUCGCUCAG